AUGGACCCGCAGACAGCUGAAGCUGGGGAGGCUUACCUCAAUUCCAUGGGAUUUCGAUCGCUCAUUGAGUGGAUGACGGCUGAGGCGCUUCUAUCUCGACCUGAUGAUCCGCUCACUUUCCUCCAGGCUUUGCUACAGGAAAAGAUCGGAGAGAGGAAAAGUGGUGAGAAGUUCCAGCCAGAACACACGCUGGCCUACAUCAAGCAAUGCUACGCUGCAGCAAGUGCUUCAGCUGAUGAGAAUGGGCGGAUUCUAGUCAAGCCUCGAAAGUUUGCACCUCCACCUGCAAACAAUGCGCCAACCCCCCAACAAGGCAACGACCCAGCGCUGGUUCACCGAUUAUCCAAGAUGGAGCAGGUCAUUCAAGCUUGCCGCAUAAUCGGUUCAGAGCUUGACCCCACGGAAGCAACCAAGAUCAUCAUUAAGCAAGCAUGCGCGGUUUUGAAUGCUGAGAGAGCGACACUCUUCAUUUAUGAGCGAGUCACGGAUAUGCUCGUUCUGAAGGUGUCUGAGGGUGCCACAGAUAUUCACGUUCCAUUCGGGAAGGGAAUUGCUGGCACCGUGGCUGCUACUGGCAAAGCAAUGAAUAUUUCGGACGCUUACACCGAUCCGAAUUUUGAUUCGCAGUACGACCAACGCAAUGGCUACCAAACUCGGUCGAUGUUGUGCGUACCAGUCCGUAACGGUGCAAACAACAUUGUCGGAGUCAUGCAGGUUCUUAACAAGAUAGCCGUCGACAAGAAGGCAUUUUUCAGUGAUGAAGAUGAGGAAUUCCUGACGAUCCUAGCAGCUCAGGCAGGCGUGGCGCUCAACAACGCCGACACUCACACUGUUGCCUGUAUUGCUCGCGAAAGAGUCAAAGACGUACUGAGCAUCGUGCAAGAUAUGCACCGUGAUCUGGGCUUCAUUUCGCUCAUGUUCACCAUUUCGACGCGUGUGCAAAGGUUCGUUAACUCGGAUCGCUGCACUCUUUACAUUGUGGAUCGAGCCAAGAAUGAGCUCUGGACUUUACAAGGUGAGGUGAACAUUCGUGUGCCGAUCAAUCAAGGUAUCGCAGGUGCAGUAGCGAUGAAUAACGAAGCGAUUAACCUUGAGAAUGCCUACGAUGAUCCGCGAUUCAACAAGGAUUUCGACCAAAAGCUUGGCUACCAGACGCGAAGUGUGCUCGCUAUGCCUCUUCGCAAUGGAUCAGGCGAAGUCAUCGCGGUCGUUCAGCUUAUCAACAAGCUGGAUGCAAGUGGUGUAUUCUCAACGGACGAUGAAGAACUACUAGGCACUUUCUUACAGAUCGCCGGGCCGAUCCUUUUCAAUUCACACUCGCAUCUCAAGAUUGCAUCAUCGCAAAAUAAAGAAGAGGUUGGGACAGAGUUCACGGGGAAAAGUACACGCGGAGGUCAAGAGAUAGUGGAGAUGAACGUCAUUUCAGAAAAUGAUGAGGAAGAAGCGUAAAUGCAGCAUGCAGUUAAUAAAAAAAAACUAUUUA